UGGAUAAUUUUGUUUUUACUAAUUACUCUCAAAAUACUUAACUAAUUUUUAAAAAAUCAUAAGCAAUAGACAGCUGACAUGUUUAGCAACAUGUGAAAUGAACAAUAUAGUCAUCCAAACUGCUAGCAUUUACUAAAAUAUUCCUUAAACUUUAUGUUAAAAUUUCACCGAAAAUAUUGCCUCCAAAAAAUUGCCUGGUACGAGAAUCUCAAAGGUGAUUCAGCCUAAAAUUCAGGAAAAAACAUGAGUGUACGAUCAUUUCAACAUAAAUCGCUAGUGAUUUAUAUUUUUCUAUUAUUUUUUAUAACAUAAAAUUGAAUUUUGAAAAAUAAAAUAUAUUUUGUUAAAAUGUGGGGUGAAAUUGGGUCAGCCUUGGCAUGCUACGCACACCAUCAUAAUUGCAUUUUAUUACAGCAUUGCACCAAUACAUUCAAAAGAGCGAGCAGUCAAACUGUCAAUUUGCAGCACAAUCAGAGCAAAAUCAGCGUGUUUUCGAGUUGUUGGUAAGAAUUUAUUAAAAGUUUAGAUCAAGUUUUGAAGUUAUUUUACCAAUAUUUUCAGCACAAUGCCCCGCGUAUACAAGAGAGUGCCCGGUUCACGGGCAUACCGAGAUUACGAGGACGACAACCUCCAGAAAUGUCUCAAGGCGAUCGCAAGAGGAAUGACGCACCGGGAGGCUUCCGAGGCUUACGGAAUUCCAAAAAGCACAAUCGGAAAUAAGCUCUACUCAGACCGGACCAAGGACGUCGGCGGCCAGCGCGUUUUCACGGAUGAAGAGGAGCGUGCAUUCGUGAGAUGCUUGGUCACAAUGGCGGAAUUCGGAUUUCCGGUUACCGAGGAUGACCUCCGUUAUGUCGUGAAGCACUACCUCACGAAAGUGGGACGGAACGUAGAGCGCUUCCAAGAGAACUUUCCUGGACGCGAUUGGACGAAGUCCUUCCUGAGUCGUCAUCCGGAUCUUUCCGUGAGAUUUGUGGCCAACAUCAAGAAAAGCCGGGCUAAAAUCACUGCGGAGAUUUUGACGGAGUAUAUAAACAACCUUCUGGAAGUGGCCGUUGGAGUACCCCCAGAAAAUUUCUGGAACUUCGAUGAAUCAAACGUGACAGACGACCCAGGCAGCCGGAAGUGCAUCGUAAAGCGCGGUGUCAAGUAUCCCGCGAAUAUAAUGGACACGUCCAAGAGCAGUAUUUCCAUUAUGAUGGCCGGAAGUGCAGCGGGCGAGGUUUUGCCUCCCUACGUGGUGUACAAGUCGGCCAAGCUGUGGAGUACCUGGGUUGACAACGGCCCGCCCGGAACCAGAUACAACAACUCUACAAGUGGCUGGUUCGACACCGCCAUUUUUGAGGACUGGUUCGAGUUCCAUCUACUGCCGACCUUGAAGAAGCGCAGUGGUAAGAAGGUCGUGAUCGGUGACAACGUCAGCUCGCACUUUUCGCCACGUGUGCUGGAACUCUGCCAGAUGCACACCAUUUGUUUUGUGUGCCUCCCACCGAACUCAACGCACAUCACCCAGCCCCUCGACGUGGCCUUCUUCGGGCCAAUGAAGAAACACUGGAGACAGAUUCUGCAAUCCUACAAGGAGAAGAGUUCGAACUCUGCGACAACUCUACAAAAACCACAUUUCCCUGGAUUGCUCAACCAGUUGAUGGAGGCCAUCAAACCGAACCAGAAGAACAACAUGAAGGCGGGUUUCAAAAAAUGCGGCAUCUUCCCGACCUCGGUUGAACCUCUACUUAAGAGCGUUUCCUGUGUGCCAAGCUCGCCGGAUCUAAUCGAAGAUAGCUUCAAGGAUUUCUUGAACGCGAAACGCACUGCUGUUGUUGGGGGUGCCCCUACUAAACGUCGGAAGAAGUUCGACAUUCCCGCGGGAACAAGCGUCACUGCUGAAGAUUUGGCCAGGAUCUCAAAUCAAGAAAAUGGACAACGAAAGAAACCGACGGAGAAACCUCCGAAGAAACCGGCUGGAAAACCGACCAAGAAGCCGGUAGCUCGACGGGUGCUCAAGGAAAACUAAUGACUGGUCUAACAGAUAGAUUCACACUCUUUAACUGACCCUAAGCAUUUAACUGAAAUGUUAAUUAUAACACUCGAGAUUCACACAUGUCAUAACACUGAACUCCAAAUAAAAUGACUCUGAACUUCCAAAUUGUAUUCAUUUUUAUCAAUUUCCUCAAAAAUUUCGUAAAACUUCUUCAAAGAACUCGUGCUCGUGCAUAAAAUGUUUAGGUGGGUCUGGCGAUCAUCAUCAUUUAAUCAUCCUGAACUUUUAUCUUUAGUAUAAAUAGUAGUACUUCGUUAAAAAAUCACCUCUCUUUACACCAAUGAUUUAUGAAUAGUUAUUACACUUAAAAAUAAUGAAACAUGUAAAUUUACCUCAAACUUUGAAAUAUAAUCAUUUUUUCACACUGUUAAGUGAAUUUCUGAUUUUUUUAAAUUAGCUUUAUUGGUUUUCCUGCAUAUACAAACAUUUUCUUAUAGCAAUUUUUGAUAAUGCAAGCAUUCAAAAAGCUAAACAACAAUAAAUUAAAAUAUUUUCUUAUUUGACCCAAUGUCACCCCCUCUAAGGGGUGAGAUUGGGUCAAUUUUAAAACGAUUGGCAUUUAUG